CUCUUCACAUGCCCCUUGAAGCGCAUUCAUAGAGCCUUUCCAGAGGAUGCCCCACAGUGGGGUCUACUUGUCUUCCCUUAGUCCUUAGACUCUGGCUGGAUCUGCUUGCCGCAGGUGUAGAAAGCACCUAGCUCCUUCUGCAGAGUCUCAGGGGGUGUUGGGCUCCUACCUCACCUCCUCCGAAAGUUUGGUCUGGAUGCUCCUGCUGAAGGUGGCUAGGGACCCUCGCUGGGACAGCUUCCUCAGAUCAGCACUGCCUGCCUAGCCCACCCAGGCUCCUGCAUCACCGUGGCCAGAGCUGCCGGUCUCGGAUUACCGGAGGGGAGGAGGGAGAGCCCGUCUGGAUCUCAGGACCUCGGGGCCCUCCGUGCACUGCAUGCCUGCGCUCUCCAUCUGCUUUGGUGAGACUCUGGCAGAGUGCGAUCUUUGUACCCAGACCCUUCCCAUUCAGAGGGAAGUGGAAGACCGCUGCCUCCUUGAGAAUUUCUAGAAGCUCAGGAGAAAGAUGAACUGGCCCCAUUCCUGCAUUUCCUUUUGCUGGAUUUACUUUGCUGUCUCCAGACUGAGAGCUGUAGAAACAGCAGAUGGAAAAUACGCUCAGAAGUUGUUUAAUGACCUUUUUGAAGAUUAUUCCAAUGCUCUUCGUCCAGUAGAAGAUACAGAUAAAGUCCUGAAUGUCACCCUCCAAAUUACACUUUCUCAGAUUAAGGACAUGGAUGAAAGAAACCAGAUUCUGACUGCCUAUUUAUGGAUCCGCCAAAUCUGGCAUGAUGCGUAUCUCACGUGGGAUCGAGACCAGUAUGAUGGACUGGACUCCAUCAGGAUCCCCAGUGACCUCGUGUGGAGGCCUGAUAUUGUCCUAUAUAACAAGGCUGAUGAUGAGUCUUCUGAGCCCGUGAAUACCAAUGUGGUCCUGCGGUAUGACGGGCUGAUCACCUGGGAUACGCCAGCCAUCACCAAGAGCUCCUGUGUGGUGGAUGUCACCUAUUUCCCCUUUGAUAACCAGCAGUGCAAUCUGACCUUUGGUUCCUGGACUUACAACGGCAACCAGGUAGACAUAUUCAAUGCCCUAGACGCUGGAGAUCUCUCCGACUUCAUCGAAGAUGUGGAGUGGGAAGUUCAUGGCAUGCCUGCUGUAAAGAAUGUGAUCUCCUAUGGCUGCUGCUCGGAGCCUUACCCGGAUGUGACAUUCACUCUCCUUCUGAAGAGGAGGUCCUCGUUCUAUAUCGUCAACCUCCUCAUCCCAUGUGUCCUCAUCUCUUUUCUGGCUCCCUUGAGUUUUUAUCUCCCAGCAGCCUCUGGGGAAAAGGUCUCCUUGGGAGUGACCAUCCUGUUGGCCAUGACUGUAUUUCAGCUCAUGGUGGCAGAGAUCAUGCCGGCCUCAGAAAAUGUCCCUCUGAUAGGCAAAUAUUACAUAGCCACAAUGGCCUUGAUCACAGCCUCCACUGCCUUGACCAUUAUGGUGAUGAAUGUCCACUUCUGUGGGGCUGAGGCCCGGCCGGUACCACACUGGGCCAGGGUCGUCAUCCUGAAAUACAUGUCCAGGGUCUUGUGUGUCUAUGAUGUGGGUGAGAGCUGCCUUAGCCCCCGCCACGACAGGGAGCGAACCCAUCUCCCAAAGGUAUAUGGCAAGCUUCCAGAGCCAAAUCUGCAAACAGACAGAAACAAAGGACUUCCCAGGAAGAAGGAAAUAAACAAACUGGUAAAAAAUGACUUGGGGUGCCAUGGUGAGAAUCCGCAGGAUGCUGACGGUUACUGUGCUCGGUACCAGAUGCUAACGAGGAAUAUUGAGUACAUUGCCAAGUGCCUCAAAGACCACAAGGCCACCAACUCCAAGGGGAGUGAGUGGAAGAAGGUUGCAAAAGUCAUAGACCGAUUCUUCAUGUGGGUUUUUUUCAUUAUGGUGUUCGUGAUGACUGUCUUAAUCAUCGCAAGAGCAGAUUAGCGAGCAUUUGGUGUGUGGAGACGAAUCAGUAAAAUUCCCUUGAUCUACUCCAAUAUUUUUCCAAGUCAGAUUUACAUACACACACACACAUGCAU